UGAGGAAGUCAGCUCAGAGAGGAGGAGUCAUGGGAAGAAAAUCAUCCUAAUUUCUGCUAUUUCUGUUUUUUACCUGCAGAUUCUUCAUCAUGUGGCAGUCGGACUGUAUUUGGUGUUUAAAGCUGCUGCUGUUUCUUUUCGUUGUUUCUCAUUUCGGGACUCACGGACGGCAGCAGUGGCCGGUUCCUUACAGGCGGUUUGACUCUCGGCCUGAUGUGGACUCUUAUUGUGAAGCUCUGUACCCGUUCUGUCCCACCGGAGACCCAGAUGGACGGAUUCCCUCCAUGAAAGACGACGACGUCAUCUCCAUUUAUCGGCUGCAGACGCCGGUGUGGGAAUGGAAAUAUGGAGAUUUACUGGGGAAGUUGCACAUCAUGCACGAUGCCGUCGGGUUCAGCGUAGAGACUGGAGCCAACUACACCAUGGAGUGGUACGAACUGUUUCAGCUGGGAAACUGCACCUUUCCUCACCUCAGGCUGGAGAUGAAAGCCCCUUUCUGGUGCAACCAGGGAGCUGCCUGCUUCUUUGAAGGCAUCGAUGACCUACACUGGUCUCAGAAUGGCACUUUGGAGAAAAUAGGAGAAAUCAGUGGGAGCCAGUUCAAUGACUUGGCUCAGUGGGUGCAGGACGACAACAGGACGGGGAUCUACUACGAGACGUGGACCGUUCUCUCCGACCCCGGUCCAAACGCCACAGUGUGGUUCGAGUCCUACGACUGUUCCCAGUUUGUCCACCGCACGUACAGGAAGCUGAAAGAGCUGGGAGCCAAACUGUCCAGCCGAUCGCAGACCAACUACACCAAGAUCUACCUGUACAGCGGAGAGCCCACGUUCCUCGGCAACGACAGCGACAUAUUCGGACAGCCCGCCCUGAAAAAUCUGGCGUCGGACAUCCGCAAAUUUUACUACAGUUUCAGGCCGCACCAGUCGUUUGCAGAACUCGCCGUCAGUCUGCUGGAGGCUUUUACAGAUGUGGUGUUGGACAAGAGCUUCUACCUCUUCUACAACUUUGAGUACUGGCAUCUGCCCAUGAAGCCUCCAUACAUGCAGAUUACAUAUGAAGAGGUGCCUUUGCCUUAGUUUCACACUGGACCACUUAAAUCUGAUUGUGUUUUUUCCAUUUUUAACUGGCCAAAGAUAUUAAUAGUUUGACAGAAAUUAUUCUUGACCAUCUUGAUCAUUCACUAUUUCUCACAAAAUUCCAUUGUUUUUAUCUUUAAACUUUGGCAAACCUUUUGAAAGCAUUUUAAAGAAAAUAUUUUGAGGUUUACAUCCAUGCAGUCUUCAAGAAAUGCCACUAAAUGGACUUUGUGAAGAGAUUAUUUUUAUUUAUUGAACAAAAUAUUGCUUGAUAACUUCUCUGUCAGCUGCAUACAACAUUAUUCAACCCCCCUGACAUUUCUGGCAAAAUGAGCAACAUUCCAACUGCAGGUGACUAAAUCAUACCAGAGGUGAACAGUUAGUUUGUUGAAAUAUAAAACCAAAGCAAAAAUCAAGAUUUAACCCUCCUGUUGUCCUCAUUUAUGGGCACCAAAAAAUAUUGUAUCCUUGUCUGAAAAAAAAUCCCAAAAUUCAGCAAAAAAAUUCCCCAAAUUUCAGAAAAUUUGCAAAACCUUCAAGGAGAAAAUUCCAAUAAUUCCUUAAAAGUUUCCCUUAAAAGUUGUAUUUUUUUAAAAAAAAAUCCCCCAAAUUUGGCAAGAAAAUUCUUGUAAAUAUUUUCAAAAAAUAAGUAAAAAUCUUCCAAAAAAAUCCUAAAAAUAUCUAAAUAUAUAUGACUAAAACUUCUAAUAUUUUCUUUAGAACAUUAACAUAAAAAUCAACCAAAAUCCAGCGAAUUUCGCUGGAUUUUGGUAGAUUUUUUUGUGAAUGUUCUUAAGAAGCAUUUUUAAACAUUUUUUCCACCAAAAAAUGUUCAAAGAUUUCCCAAGAAUGUUGAAAAUGUGGACAUCAGAAGUUUCACUGUGAAAAUAUAUAUUUUUCCACAUUUUCAAACUUUAAACCGGGUCAAUUUUGACCCGCAGGACGACACGAGGGUUAAUUCAGAAUUCAAGAGAGCUCUAGUUUUGUCUCAUCAAUCCAGAACUUCUGUGGCUUUGACAGGUUGGUUUUACUGGAGAUGUUUUUUCUUGUGGUGCGUCUUCAGAAGCAGUGUCCGUUUAGAGGAUCUGGCAUUAAGCCCUUCAGCAUGGAGUGUGCGGCAUCCUGCGUCCACAGAAACAUAAGUUCCUCUUUCAGCCAGAUCUUCCUGCAGGUCCUUGGCAGUAAGCUGAGGGUUCUUGUCUAUCUGUCUCCAGGAAUCUUGAUGUUCUCGCCGACAGCUUCUUUUUAACACCAUGUAUCGUAGCCACAGUAGCGGUGGCUUUGAAUUUAACAAUGAUGCUUUCAACAGAGCCUCUGGGAACAUUCAAGAGCUUGGAGACCUUGUUGUAGUUAUUUCCUUUCUUGUGCAAAGCAACUAUCUCCUCUCUGAACUUCAGGGAAAUCUCUCUGGUCUGAACCAUGCUGCUUGCAAGAGGCGUAUGGGGAGUAUUGAUGGAAAGUGUUCCCAUUUUAUAGACAUGAGUAUCACUCAAUGUUUAGCAUGUGUCACCGUUGGAUUCACCUCAGAAUGUACACAAACAGGAUGGCAUUUGAGUUGUACUGCAGUUAUCUGUGUUUACCUGGCAUUGUUUAUAGGGGGUUGAAUCAUUUUGCAACAAAUUUUGGAUGUAUUAUGAAUUAAAUCUUGAUUUUUGCUUUGGUAUUAUAUUUCAAUAAACUAAACUGUUCACCUCUUACAUGAUCUAGUAAUGGCCUGCAGUUGGAAUGUUGCUCAUUUUGCCAAAUGUCAAAAAUGUCAGGGGUGUUGAAUCAUUUUGCAUGCAACUGUAAAUGAUUAGCUCCUUAUUUUCUGCACUACGUCUGAGUUGGAAAUCUGUACAAAGCGAGAAACACUUCAUUGUCUAAGUUCAAAAUCGUCUUUUCUGCUGCACUGUUUAGAUCUGUUGAGCUUUUAUAAACAUACUAAUAGAAGUAUUUUGACUGUUAAACUGAAUAUUAUAACCUGCA